CGACGUCGCGCCGCCAUGCUGCGCUUCCGUAGCUGCAUCCUCGCUCGUAUCCUCUCGUACCCCUCCGCCUCGCCCGCCUCCUCCAUCCACCGACUCCUCUCCGCGGCCGCGGCCGCGCCCGCCGUUUCCCCAGAAGACCCUAGCAGCUUCGCCGUGGAGGAGUACCUCGUCUCCACCUGCGGCCUCACCCGCCCGCAGGCCCUCAAGGCCACCCCCAAGCUCUCCCACCUCAAGUCCCCCGCUAACCCCGACGCCGUCCGCUCCUUCCUCGCCGGCCUCGGCCUCUCCGGCGCCGAUGUCGCCGCCCUCGUCGCCAGCGACCCGCAGCUCCUCUGCGCCAGCGUGGAGAAGACCCUGGCCCGUAACGUCGACGAGCUAACCGGCCUCGGUCUCUCGCGUCCCGACAUCGCGCGGCUCAUCUCGCUCACGUCCGCCGGCGGCCAUUUCCGCUGCAGAGCCAUCGUCUCCAGGCUGCAGUACUACCUGCCCCUCUUCGGCUCCCCCGAGAACCUCCUCCGGGCUCUGAGCCACAGUUUCUACCUCAUCGGCGCCGACAUCGAGAGGAGGAUCAAGCCCAACGUCGCGCUCCUGCAGGAGUGCGGGCUAGCUGCUUGUGAUAUUGCCAAGCUGUGCCGCUCCAAACCGAGGAUGCUCAUCACCAGACUGGAAAGCAUCCAGGCGAUGGUGGAGUGUGCAGAAGGCCUUGGUGUGCCCCGUGGCUCUCCAAUGUUCAAGCAUGCGCUGGAUGCUGUCUCAUUCAUAAGUGCGGAGAAGAUCGCCACCAAAGUGGACUACCUGAAGAAGACGUUCAGGUGGUCAGAUGCUGAGGUGGGCAUGGCCUUGUCUAGGUCUCCAAUGAUGCUGAGGCAUUCUAUGGAUGCACUGCAGAGCAAAUCAGAGUUCCUUAUCUCCGAGGUCGGGUUGGAACCGGAGUACAUCGCUCAUCGGCCGGCAAUGCUCAAUUAUAGCCUGGAUGGCCGGCUCAGGCCCCGGUACUAUGUUGUGAAGUUUCUCAAGGCAAAUGGAUUGCUAGAUCGCGACAGGGACUACUAUUCAGUUUUCAGUUAUGUCGAGAAGGUAUUUGUUCAGAGGUACAUAUGCCCUUACAAGGAUGCUGCGCCACACCUCGCUGAAGACUAUGAUGCUGCACACAGGGGGGGAGUGCCAGCUAAUUUCAAAUUCACAUGAGCCAAGAACGGGCAAUGAAAAUUGGUAACUUUGUAUGACAUGACAGAGUUUUCAUUCUGUCUAGUAAGCUGGUAAUUCACGUUAGUGUUUAUUUUUCCGCCUAAAUGGAAGUUGGUUUUCUGUUCAAGUAUCCCUGCCUCUGGCACAUACUGGUUUGGUCAUUGUUAUUGACUAGUGAAGCUGAUAAUUUUAUUCCUGAUCCCUGAGGUGUUGUCAUUUAGUAGACAAGAAAGCAUUGCCUACGAUCUCUGAAAAAUGAGGGUCAAUGGAUAUAUUUGUGUUUCCAACUUCCGUAUAGGACAAUGAAAUAAAGCAAUAGAAUUGUCCUGCA